AUGCUGCGCGGGAGCCAGGCUCCGGGGCCCCGCGCCGCGCCCCUUUAUGCCCGCGCCCCGCCGCGCCCGCCCGCCCACCGCCGGCGCGCCCACCCCCGCUCCCCGGCGGGCUCCGCUGGCAAUAAUUACCUGCGAGCCGGGACUGCCUCCGCCCUGGCACUGGGGGCGGGGGCAGGGGCGCCGAGGGCGAGGGGUGCCCGGGAGGGGCGCGGCAGCGGGCAAGGUGCGGCCGGCGUCGCCCGCGGACGUCGGAGAAAGGCACCUGUUUCUCCCAGCUCCCGGGAGCCGUGCAGGACGUUUCGUGGACGCUCAGGUUCAUUCUCUUUGCCUGCCGCGCGUCCUCUGAGAGCAGCCCUGGAGCGGCUUCGUCGGGGGGGAGAAAAGGCGCCGACCAACUUUCCCCGACUUGGGCGCGGGAUCCUGCCGGGCCCUGGCGGAGCGCGCCGCUGGGGAAGCACCUGCUCUCACUUUUCUCCCACUCGGAGGCCCAAAGAAGCUCCGGCUGGACAUUGCUGGAGCCAAUUAGGGACUGGCCGAAAUCCUAGAGGGACUGCCAGGUGGGACAGCCGAGGGGCAACUUCGCCGUGCGCUGAAAGGGAUUCCCCCUUAGGACGAUGGGAGCCUUUUAACACCAAUGGAGCAGAAGGAGAUGCACUGAUUCACAUGCACCCAAAUACAACACCAACCCCACAAGCUGUCGGCUCACCAGUCACAGACAUCACCUUCUACGGGCAGAUUUUUAUUUCACUGAGCUACAACUACGGGCAAGGCAAUGAUGAGCUGUGUGGAGACUUCAAAACAUAGAGGACAACCUCUGCCCUCAAAGACAACAUCCAACUGAAGAAAGGAUCAAGAAAGAUGAAAAUAAAUGAGUUGUUUGAUUAUGCUGUGUUAAUAAAUGACCCAUAGAAUAAUUGUUAGAGAAAUUCAGAAGAAGAAGAAAUUGCCCUAUUUUGAGUUGUUUGGAAAAGUUUAACAGAGAAAAAUAUGACAAUAUCUGGGGUUUAAAGAGUAAAACUCACACAAAGACCUGGAGGGAAGGAAUCAAGAGAUGCAAACACUGAAGAAAAAAAAAAUGUUCAUAGUGUAUUCGUGGUGAAAAGAAAGGGUUUUUGUGUGCAAGGAAGUAAUGGACCAAAAUGCGGUAGUCCCAGUGCCUAGAAUCAUGCUGAGCACAAAACAAGUAUUUGUUUAAUGAGCAAAUGAAAGUAGAGUUUCAUUUGUCCAGUUAACAAAAUACACAAGUAUUCCCUGCCCUCCUCUUUUUAAAAUUAAUUAAUUAAUUAAUUUUUAACAGACAAAAAAUUAUAUAUAUUUUCAUGUACAGCAUGUUAUUUUAAAAUAUAUACACAUUUAUAGAGUGGCUAAAUUGAGCUAAUAAACGUAUGUAUUACCUCACAUACUUAUUUUUUGUGUGUGUGGUAAGAAGACUUAAAAUCUGGCCAGGCGUGGUGGCUCACACCUGUAAUCCCAGCACUUUGAGAGGCCGAGGCAGGUGGACCACCUAAGGUCAGGAGUUCGAGACCAGCCUGGCCAACAUGGUGAAACUCCUAUCUCUACUAAAAAUACAAAAAUUCACCAACAUGGUGGCAGGCACCUGUAAUCCCAGCUACUCAGGAGGCUGAGGCAGGAGAAUCACUUGAACCCGGGAGGCGGAGGUUGCAGUGAGCUGAGAUCACACCACUGCACUCCAGCUUUGGCAACAGAGCAAGACUCUGUUUCAAAAAAGAAAAGAAAAGAAGAAAAGAAAGAAGAAAGAAAGAAGAAUACUUAAAAUCUACUCUCUUAGAGAUUUUCAAAAAUACAAUAUAUUGUUAUUAACUAUAGUCACCAUGUGGCACUAUAGAUCUCUUGGCUUAUUCCUCCAUCUAAUUGAAAUUUUGCAUCCUUCGAGCAAUAUCUCCCCACCCCUCCACUCCCACAUCUCAUCUUUUGGCAACCAUCGUCCUCCUCUCUGCUUCUGUGAGUUCAACUUUUUCAGACUCUACAUAUAACUGAGAUCAUACAGUAUUUGUCUUUCUGUGCCUGGCUUAUUUCAUUUAACAUAAUGCCCUCCAGGUUCAUCCAUGUCAUCACAAAUGACAGAAUUUCCUUUUUUUUGUAAGGCUGACUAGUAUUCCAUAGUGGAUAUAUGCCACAUUUUCUUUAUCCAUUUGUUUGUUCAUGGAUACUUAGAUUGAAUCAUUAUCUUGGCUAUUGUGAAUGGUAAUACAGUAAACAACACAAUGCACAUAUUCCUUAGGCAUACUUAUUUCAUUUCCUUUGGAUAUAUACCCGUAAUAGGAAUUAGGAAUGCUGAGUCAUAUGGUGAUUCUUUUUUCUUUUUUUUUUUUUUUAAAAAAAAAACCUGGUCUCACUCGGUCCCCCAGGCUGGAGUGCAAUGGCACAAUCUCAACUCACUGCAGUCUCAAGUCCCUGGGGCUCAAGCAAUCCUCCCACCUCAGUCUCCCCAGGUAGCUGGGACUACAAGGCAUAUACCACCAUGCCUGGCUAAUUUUUCUAUUUUUUGUAGAGAUGAGGUUUUGCCAUGUUGCCAAGGCUGAUCUCAAACUCCUGGGCUCAAGCAAUCUGUCCGCCUUGGCCUCCGAAAGUGCUGGGAUUACAGGCAUGAGCCACCAUGCCCGGCCAUGGUGGUUCUAUUUUUAAAUUUUUGGGUGAACCUCUAUAUUGUUUUUCAUAAUGGCUAUAUUAAUUUACAUUCCCACCAAUGGCAUACAAGGAUUUUCUUUUUUCUCUAUCUUGUCAACACUUGCUAUCUUUCAUCUUUUUUUAUAAUAACUAUUGUAACUAGGGUGAGGUGAUAUCUCAUUGUGGUUUUAAUAUGCAUUUUCCUGAUGAUUAGUGUGAUGUUGAGCAUUUUUUUCAUAGAUUUGACCAUUUGUAUGUCUCCUUUUGAGAAAUGUCUACUCAGAUCCUUUGCCCAUUCUUUAAUUGGGUUAUUUGCUUUCUUGCUAUAGAGUUGUUUGAGUUGCUUAUAUAUUUUGGAUAUUAAAACCCUUAUCAGAUGUAUGGUUUGCAAUUCUGUAGGCUGUCUCUUCAAUCUAUUGAUUGUUUCCUCGGCUGUGCUUUUCGUCCUCUUCUACCCAUCUCCCUGCUCGUUACUCUGCUCCAGCCACACUGGCCUCUUAGUUGUCCUUGGAACAAACCAAACUUAUUCCCAGCUUUGGCGUCUUUGACUUGCCCUGCCCCAUCUCUGGAAUGCUCUUCAUGGAACCACUUGCCUCUCCUCAGUCAGCUCCCAGACAAAAAGUAUAUCCUUAACCUUCUCUGCUCUCUCUGUCCAAAGUAGUUAUCCCAGUUCUUCUCAACUACAGUACCCUGUUUUAGUUGUCUCAUAGAGCCUAUGGCUGUCUCAAAUUAUCUUGUUCAUUUACUUGUUUAUUUCCUUUAUUUCCCAUAAGAAUGUGAACUCCAUAGUAAUGGACAUAUGGCCUUUUCUUUGCAAUAUCUCCAGUACCUAGGAGAUGGUACCCGUCCACUGUAGGUGCUCUCUACGUAUUUGUGGAAGGAAGGAGUGGAUGAAUGAACCCAUUGGUAAGGGAUGGAUUGCCCUUCCUCAGGGCCAAAACAGAAUGUUGAGGAUUCUAAAGCCACAACCCGGCUUAGGAAAAGAGCCUGUGAUUGAUUAGUAAUGUCUGCCCUGAGCACAGAAAGGGAAAGUGGUCACAACAAAACCAUAUUUGACAUCCUACAUGGGACUACAGUAGGCCAUGGCCCAAGCCUACUCUACUGAAAAACCUCAGGAAGAACUGAUGUUACGACAAUAAACAGAACACAAAACUAUGUAACUGUGAAUAGCUUACGUGCCAACAUUCCCCAGUUCUCCCAGUACACAUCUAACAAGCCCAAAAGGGUUAAGAAAGAUUAACACUGGAGUUCUGAGUUUCUCUGAUCUAGCAAAUUCUUCAUUCCACAGAGAUUUCCAGAACUACCAAAUACCAGGCGCACCUUUGUGAAGGACUAGGGAGGCAUCAGGGAGCCACUUCCACCCACUAGUAUCCUCAUUCUUCUUAUUUGCAAGUAAGAGAAAUGUGGAAGUGAUUUACAUUCCAAGAUUUGAAGUCCAAACCUGUAAGCGCCCAACUCAACUCAGGAACCACUGAGGGUUUUUAACUAGUGAAGUUACAAUGACAAAUUGCAGUAUGCCUCAACUUAUUUUAAGACAGAGGCAAUAUUAAUUAACCAAUCUAUUGAUUGGCAGUGACAGGCAGGAUUAAUUAAAAGAGGAGAUGCUAGAACCUGAAAGACCACUUUGAAAGAAACUACAGUAACCUGGCUAAUAAGUUAAGAAAGGCUUAUGCCUAGCAUGGUGAAAAUUGUAAAGAAAAGGAAGGGAAAGAUGUAAGGCAAUUCAAAAAACGACUGAUUGAACAUAAGAGAGAAGAGAAGAUGAAAGACUAAAAGAUGAUUUUAAUGUUUGGAGCUUAAUUGAAAAUAAAAAUAAGACUAUAGAUAUAUUUAAGUACAUUCAGAAGUAUAACUAAUUUGAGCAAAAGAUAAAUUCAGUGUUAAAUAUAUUGAAUUUGAAGUGUCACUCAAAGAUAUAAGUAAAGAUAUUAAUCAUAUAAUGGAACUAUAGAAUUGAAGCCAGGAGGCAGUUACAGCCUGGGGAUUUGGAACAGAAACGUUGAUACGAGGCUAGCACAUAAGAUGAGGAUAUUAAAAAAGAAACAACUAAAAGCCAAGGGCUGAGUCUUGGCGAAUGUCUCCAUUGAGUUGGAUGGGUGGGGUAGAGGAAGAAAGGAGUCCAAACAAAGUGAGCCCACAGAGGAGUUCCAGAAGUCCCAGGAUGAAGUGUUUUUCAAACUUAGGAGAUGAGUAUUUUUAAAAGGGGAGAUGAUGAAACUUGUUGAGAAAAGACAAUUGACCUAGAAGUUAGUUCAUUUGGUGACUUUGGAGACAGAUUUUUAGUUGUAAUGGGGACUAAAGCCAGAUUACAAUGUAAGUCAUUAAUGAGAGUCUGUGGAUGGCAAGAAAACAAAGGCCACAGAUGUACACUUCUCUGAGAAGUUUGCCAGUGGAAGGAGAGAGAAAGAAUGUCACUUGUGGAGUUAGCAGAGUUCAGAGAAAAUUUUUUCAAGAUGGGGAACUCUGCACAUAUUUUUGUGCUGAGAAGGAAAGGUUAAGGAAAAUGAGAAUGGGGAGUUUCGAGGGGAAGAUGAAGCAAAUAGCCUAACUAGCACCAGCUGUGAUCUAAAGUAGCUGAUUGUAAACUUUUAGUGUCCCAAGAUAUUAAACCCGGAACCAGUAAGAAGACCAGAAAAACAAGAGGAUGCAGCUGGAAUACUGUCAUGGUGCAGAAGGGAACAUAAGCCAGUGCAUCAGGGAUGGUGGACAAAAAGCUACUAAAAAGGCAACAAAAAGGAGGUCCAAAAAGACAUUAAGACAAUUGCAAAUAGGUUCUCAGGAAGAUAUAGUUCUGCAGAGCUCCCUGGAGCUAAAGUAGACUGUGGAGCCACUAGAUUCAAUUUUUGUUGCUUCUGCAUCCUGGGAAAUCUGACUGUUCCUGGGUGGCUGCAUCUCUUCCAAGUGGAGCAGGAAGCCAAGAGCUUGGAUCCUGCACUCGCCAUCACCUUCCAUGUCCUCCUAAGUAAUACCCCACCUCCAUAGCCUGAUGUUGAUUUGGACACUAACUAAACAUGCCCUGACACAAGGCUUCUGUCUAGAACCUGGGAAUAGGCUCAUCAGGGACACAGGGCAUUGAAUUGCUGGAGUGAAGAUGUUUCUAUUCCCUUCGUCUCUCAAAAAUUUCCCCAAAUACAAUGAGGAGAAUGACAGACACAUCUAUUUUCAAUGAAACUGAGAGGGGUUAGCAUAUGGAAAGGAAAUGAAUAUGAAUUGCUGGUAAGUGAGUUAGCUGAGGGACAUAUGAAUGAGAAGCAAGAUGAUUUACCUGACAUCCCUCCAGAAAGAAUCAAGAUCUGAGAUACUAAGACAAGAAAGGAGGAGACGGAGGCCUUAAAAAUACGAGUUGGGCAAAGUAAAUACCCAAGUCUCCAAUAUGGUGAAAGAGAAAUGCCAAAUUCAGACUCACUAAAAGACUGUGAUCCAAUCAUAGGGCUAUAGAAUGAUUCCCAUUUCCCCACACCUUAUCACUCCCCACCUAACCACCACAUCAGUAGGGCUUCUGUAUAAUAACAGGGAAAUACAGCUAAAGCUUCAGAUCCUAUUUAAGAAGAAGUCUCUAGGGAAGCCCAAAAACAAUACGAGAGACAAAAACAAGGACAGUAAAGGCAAUUUGAGCCUCUGAUACCACAGCUAUAAUAAACAAACACAACCUAAUUCCUAGCCAGAUAAACAUAAGCCUCACACUUUUGGGCUUGUCUACCUAGUUCAUUUUAUCUGAUACAUCAUGUCUAACCUUCAGCCAAAAAUUACAAAACAUGCUAAAAGGCAAAAAAAAGAAAGAAAGAAAGAACUCAGUGUGAAGAGACAAUGCAAGCAUCAGAACCAGACUCAAAAAUGUGUUUUUUUAAAAAAUAGUUAAGCACUUCUCCAGGGGGGUAAUAAAUUGUGUGAUAAAGGAAAUGUUAUUACAGUACACUACUUGGCUCAGCUGUGAAUGAAAUUUACAUACUUAUGCUUAAUAUAAAUGUAAUAGACACUUCUGAUUAUAACUCUA